AUGUCCAGCAACACGAGCACCAGCCCAAGCUCCAGCAACACCUCGAAGCCAAAUUCCAAUUCCACCCCCAAGAAAGUCUGGACAACCCUAAUCACAAACACCUCCUACCUCCCGGGCCUCCUAACCCUCGAAUUCUCCCUCCGCCGCGUGAACUCCGCAUACCCACUGGUAGCCCUAUACACAGACUCCCUCCCAGCAUCCGGGCACGCCGCCCUCGACGCGCGCGGGAUCGCAAAGAAACACGUUCCCUACCUGCUCCCGUCCAUCCACAAGGAGUACACGAACGACGUGCGCUUCUACGACUGCUGGAGUAAACUUACACCGUUCUCGCUCGUCGAGUAUGAUCGCGUCGUGCAGCUUGAUUGUGAUAUGCUCGUUUUGAGGAAUAUGGACGAGCUUAUGGAGGUUGAGCUUGACGGGUUCGAGCUGAAGGGCGAGGGAAGGAGGGUCUUUGCGGCGUGCCAUGCUUGUGUCUGUAAUCCGCUGAGAAAGGAGCAUUAUCCGGUAGACUGGUGCGUUCGGCUUCUGGCUUCUUUGAUCGAGAGUCAAGUCAAGUCAAGUCAAGUCAAGUCAAAUAUACUAACAGAGAACGCCAGGAUCCCCUCGAACUGCGCCUACACAACGCAACACACCCUCACACAACCCAUAUUCGCCUCCAAUUUCGCACCCCCGGCAUCAUCGGGCCUCGGGAUCCCCAACGGCGGACUGCAAGUCGUGAACCCGUGCCUAGAAAUCUACAACAAGAUCACGGCGCAGCUUGGGUCCGCCGCAACAUCGUCCUACGACUUCGCGGACCAAUCGUUGCUAGGCGAUCUGUUUCGGGACCGGUGGGUGGCGCUGCCGUAUGUGUAUAAUGCGCUCAAGACGCUGAGGUGGGAGGGUGUGCAUGAUGUUAUUUGGGAGGAUGGGGAGGUCAAGAAUGUGCAUUAUAUUCUGAGUCCGAAGCCUUGGGAGGAAAUGGGAAGUAGAAAUGAGAGGGAGGGACAAGGGCAAAAUGGGGAUGGGGCUUUGGAAAGAAAGGGGAAGGGCAGGGAUCCGUUGCAUGCGUGGUGGUGGGAGGUGAAUCGGGAGAGGUUAAAUGAGGAGAAGGCCAAGGGGAUAGAUGAUGGAUUUUGA